UGAAUGGUAAUUUAAUUUAUUUGGAAACGUGGGUUCCGGAACAAAAAAGAAAAAUUGACCUCCACCAGCAAGUUUUAGCCGAAAUCAAGGCACGUUUAGGUGUAUUAGAGAAAACGGGAGAAUACCAUAACUGCGGAAUUAAAAAAUGUUGUGCGGAACAUGACAAAAAUGAAAAUCGCCACCACGAAAAUAAUGAGUUAAUUAAAGCAAACCAAAACUUGAUGGUUGGCUCUGAUUUCAGCAGUGCCCCAAAUAGUAAACAAAUCAACCAGGAAGAAAAAAAACAAAUCAGAGAAUAUUUUGAAACUAAAAAAAUCUUUUCUAUCACUUUGGAUGAGGAUAAAUUAGUAAUCGUUUAUAACGAUAAAAGUCAAGAAAUUGUGGAAGUUAACAAUUCUCAAUUAAGACAAAUAAAGAAAAUAGUAGAAAAACAGCCUAACCAGCGGCUUUCUUUCUCUGAAUUACAGGACAAGACCGUUAAUUCUUCUCCUGAUAAUAGCAAACUUUACCAGGGACUAGCAAUUGGCAUUCUAAGCGGAAUUAUUUUGGUGACCCUAGCCUUAAUUUUCGCAAGUAGAAAAAAACCUUCUUCCAAGAAAAGUUAA